AUGAAAGGUGCCUUGGGAUUGUCGGUUUCGUUCAAGUUGAAAGAAUGUUUACGGCGAUCAUCGGACAGUAUAGACAAAAGGUUCUGUUUUGACUUGAUUGCCGAUGAACGACCCGAUGUGAUGACCUUCCAAGCGCUUUCGGAGGAAGAUCGUCGGCAAUGGAUUGAUGCGAUGGACGGCAAGCAAACGGUCUAUUCACCUGGUGCAGGUCCUUCUACCACUAGUUUGCAGAGUGGGUUUGUUUGA